GCCUUCAGCAGGGCCCGGUCCACCCGGCCGCCGGAGCCCCCGCCGGGGUGGGCGCUGUGCGAGCUGUUAAAGGGCCGGGGCAUUUAAAGGAGCAGUGCACGUGGGUCUCGAAGGCGUGCGGACGCGGCAUUGUGUUCCUUUCUCCUGGCUGGCACCUAAUGGGCGCCCAGUCCUGCCGGCCUGUGGCACCCGGCCCGGGCACUGCUUGGCGGGGGCUGGAGGGGAGGCGGAGGUCUUCCCGCGUACGUGAGGAACAGGACCUCAGGUCCGGGCUUGGAGACCCCAGUUUCGUUAUCAGCGGUAUUUGGCCGUUUUAUCAGGCAUUUACAGCUACGAGGAGACUCGCAGAAUCUAGCUUUUGAAGCUGAAGAAGCCCGAAACAGAAGCUAGUUCCCAUCCCAAAUUUUAUCAGUGAAGAAACUCAGCCCACAGAGCUAAAGUGACUUUGUUCAAGGUCACGCAGGUCGGAUAUAUGAGAGCGAGGCUUAGAACCCGUUGUCCUGGACUCUAGUUCUGUUGUCCAGCCCUGGGACUAGACCUCAGCCCUUUGACAGUUGGAUGAAAUGCCCCCGUCUGUGACUUAAUGAGUAUUCCCUUUUUACGGUACGAACUGUGGAUUGGUGCAGUACCUGCAUCCUCAUUUACAGACGGAGAACCUGAGAGGAUCCAUCCCAUCCAGAACGAUUGCAGAGCCAACUUGACCCAAAAUUGACAGCUUGGGUUGCCAGCCUGUCCUGAGAGUAACUGAUCGGUACAGACCCCGGCUUCCGGAUUGCAGAGUAUCAUCAGUCUUCAAUUCCAACUUAGAAGCAAAAGGAGUACAUCCCAGCUGCUCUGUUCUCCUUCAGGAACCAGGACAAAUUCCAAGAAGUAGCAUUUCAGGAUCAAAAGGCACUUUCGGAGGUAGGGUCAUGCUCACAUUCAUGGCCUCUGACAGCGAGGAAGAAGUGUGUGACGAGCGGACGUCCCUGAUGUCAGCCGAGAGCCCCAUGCCGCGCUCCUGCCAGGAAGGCAGGCAGGCCCUGGAGAACGGAGAGGGUGCCGCCCAGUGGAGAGGCCAGGAGAGCGAGGAGGACCAUGAGGAGGACCCUGACCGCUACGCCUGCAGUGGGGUCCCCGGGCGGCCACCAGGCCUGGAGGAGGAGCUGACCCUGAAAUAUGGGGCAAAGCACGUGAUCAUGCUAUUUGUGCCUGUCACGCUGUGCAUGAUCGUGGUGGUGGCCACCAUCAAGUCCGUGCGCUUCUACACGGAGAAGAAUGGACAGCUCAUCUACACACCUUUCACCGAGGACACACCUUCGGUGGGCCAGCGCCUCCUCAACUCCGUGCUCAACACCCUCAUCAUGAUCAGCGUCAUUGUCGUCAUGACCAUCUUCCUGGUCGUGCUCUACAAGUACCGCUGCUACAAGUUCAUCCACGGCUGGCUGAUUGUGUCCUCCCUGAUGCUGCUGUUCCUCUUCACCUACAUCUACCUUGGGGAAGUGCUCAAGACCUACAAUGUGGCCAUGGACUACCCCACCCUGUUCCUGACCGUCUGGAACUUCGGGGCGGUGGGCAUGGUGUGCAUCCACUGGAAGGGCCCCUUGGUGCUGCAGCAGGCCUAUCUCAUCAUGAUCAGCGCGCUCAUGGCCUUGGUGUUCAUCAAGUACCUCCCGGAGUGGUCUGCGUGGGUCAUCCUGGGCGCCAUCUCUGUGUAUGAUCUCGUGGCUGUGCUGUGCCCCAAAGGGCCGCUGAGGAUGCUGGUAGAAACUGCCCAGGAGAGAAACGAGCCCAUAUUUCCUGCCCUGAUAUAUUCAUCCGCCAUGGUGUGGACAGUGGGCAUGGCCAAGUUGGACCCCUCCUCUCAGGGAGCCCUUCAGCUCCCCUACGACCCAGAGAUGGAAGAGGACUCGUAUGACAGUUUGGGGGAGCCCUCGUACCCUGAAGUCUUUGAGCCCCCCCUGCCUGGCUACCCGGGGGAGGAGCUGGAGGAGGAGGAGGAAAGGGGCGUGAAGCUCGGCCUCGGAGACUUCAUCUUCUACAGCGUGCUGGUGGGCAAGGCGGCAGCCACGGGCAGUGGGGACUGGAACACCACGCUGGCCUGCUUUGUGGCCAUCCUCAUCGGUUUGUGUCUGACCCUCCUGCUGCUCGCCGUGUUCAAGAAAGCGUUGCCUGCCCUCCCCAUCUCCAUCACGUUCGGGCUGAUCUUCUACUUCUCCACGGACAACCUGGUACGGCCUUUCAUGGACACCCUGGCCUCCCAUCAGCUCUACAUCUGAGGGGAAGCCUGGGCACCGUGGCCUGGAAGCUGGAAGAAAUGGUAGCUGGAUGCAGUUGUACAGUUUUACACUCUAGUGCCAUAUAUUUUUGAGACUUUUCUUUCCUUAAAAAAAAAAAAGAGAAUAAAAAAGUGUUGUGUUUACUUUGUGAAGAGGAAGGACAACUUUUUGGUGCUGGCUGUUUUGUCACCAGGCCGUGGCUCACCCCUUCGUGAGCACUUGCUUCGCCAACAGGAGACGCGGGAAAUCGGUCCAGAGGAGCUGCGGAAGGUUCCGAGACGUGGGAGGGGCUUGGGGAAGGCCCCUGCCCUCGCCCCACAGCCUGGAGUCCUAUGAGGGCCCAGCCGGAUGACUGGGCGCAUAUAUUCAGGACCGGGAGGUCACGCCCGGGACGGCAUGUAGCGCCUGGUCACUCUGGCCAGAGAGGAAAAGCCAAUUUUCUCUGCAAGGAAUGUUCCCAACGCUUUAUCUAUGAUGUUGUCAUCAUUUUAUUACCUUUAGAGUCCUUGUUACAGCAGUUACUGCUGGGAAGUGUCUUAAUAUCAAUAAAUAGACGAAUCCUGU